UUCUGUUCUCAUUUAGGAAAGGACAAAAUCAUUUUUGUUACCAAAGAAGAUCAUGACACGCCAAGCAGUGCGGAGCUGAUAGCAGACGAUCCCAACGAUCCCUAUGAAGAUCACGGUUUGAUUUUGCCGAAUGGAGACAUCAAUUGGAACUGCCCUUGCCUGGGCGGAAUGGCCAGCGGGCCAUGUGGGGAGCAGUUCAAAGCGGCCUUCUCCUGCUUCCACUACAGCCAGGAGGAGGUGAAGGGCUCGGACUGCCUAGACCAGUUCCGGGCCAUGCAGGAGUGCAUGCAGAAAUACCCCGACCUCUACCCACAGGAAGAUGAGGAGGAGGAGAGCAGCAAAGACAACCAGGGAACACAGCCGGAGGCAGUAGCAGCGGAAGCCGUGGAGAACCGGGAGUCCAGCUAA